UUAACCACUUCCUGUCCGGCCCAUGUACAUAAAUGACCGGACGGGAACAGUGCAGGAACUGGUUGCCGUUCAUAAACGGCACCCACAUUUUCAAGCUGUACGUGCUCCCUGGGAGCACGCGGGCAGCGCGAUCCGGUGCCCGCUGUGGCCGAACAUCGAUCACUGUACGAGACCUCUGUGUGAGGUCCCGAUCAUGUGAUUGCUGAUUGGCCAAUCAGUUAUCACAUGAAUAGUAGUAAGCAAGAUGUCACUUCUGACAUCAUUGCUUACUACUAGUGAAAUCUGUGAAUGAUCACAAAGGUCACAUGGUACAAGGCUAUUCACAACAGCCUUGUACCAUGUGACAAGCUGUGACCAAUCACAGCUCACACAGUA